AUGCCACCUCCACCUCCACCAACUAACAUUGUUCCAAUCAAGAAGGAAAAGCCAGUCGAACAACCAAAGGUUGAAGAGCUACCUGAAAUUAAAGGAAUUCCACUUGUUGGCAAGGUUACUGCCAAGAAACCAACCAAGGAAUACAUUUAUGUAAGAGAAGCCAUUGGUCAAUUUGAUGUUUAUCAAGCUUUGAGACUUUCUACUUCAGUUUUCAAGGAAUUAUUCGGAGUUGACUAUCCAAGUAGUCGUGAUUACGUAGUAGGACAACAAAUUUCUCAAGUUGUCUUUGAAGGUCAUGAGUUGAAUUUGAUUUGGGGUCAAGAUUUGAGUCAAAGUUCUAAUAGUUUUUCUGCCAACUUUGUAAUGACUAAUUCCACCUUUGCAUUAUGGGAAUUGUUGUGCAAUAAUGGAUUCGAAUUGAAGGAUUCUAGAAAUUAUAAUACCUAUAGAUCUAAAGAAAGUAGAUUUGAUGGAAGAAAAUUGUGUGAAAGAGUUUUUGAAAGAGAUUUGAGCAAAUAA